CUGCUUCCAUAUCAUCAACAAUGAGCGCCGAACAAAAGACAGUUGCCGUUAACAAGAUGAAGGCUCUUCAUAUUGAGAAGCUCGUCCUCAACAUUUGUGUUGGUGAAUCUGGUGAUAGACUCACCCGUGCUGCCAAGGUUCUUGAACAGUUAACUGGUCAGACUCCUGUCUACUCCAAGGCCCGUUACACUGUCCGUACCUUUGGUAUCCGUCGUAACGAGAAGAUCUCCGUUCACGUCACCGUUCGUGGCCCCAAGGCUGAGGAGAUCCUUGAGCGUGGUCUCAAGGUUAAGGAGUAUGAGCUCCGUGCUCGUAACUUCUCUGAGACCGGUAACUUCGGUUUCGGUAUUGAUGAGCACAUUGACUUGGGCAUCAAAUACGAUCCUUCAAUUGGUAUCUACGGUAUGGAUUACUACAUUGUCAUGGGCCGUCCCGGUAACCGUGUCGCUCGUCGCAAGCACUGCAAGUCCAAGGUUGGUGCCACCCACCGCAUCAAGAAGGAGGAGUCUGUCGAGUGGUUUAAGACCCGCUUCGAUGGUGUUGUCAGCAACAAAUAAACUUUUUAGUCUUAGUUGUCGACUUGGCAUUGUUCUCUACCGUACAUGUUGAACUCAUUCGUGUUAUGGACUUAAAUAAAGGAAUGCAAUAUUGAAUUCUUGCUCUCUCAUUCUACACUAUU